GAAAUAACUACCUAACCUAACACCUAAAGGAGGUAGAAAAAGAAGUCUUCUGCCACUCUUGGUGGUGCUUGUAUGCUCAUUCAGUGUGGAACUGGUACCUCUUUUGUGAAACAGCAGCUGAGGAGACUCCAGGGCUCACCAUGGGGGACGAAAAGCCGAUGGAAGGAGUCAAGAAUGAGAGCAAUGAUUAUAGUAAUUUGAAGAUGGUAGGGCAGAAUGCUUCUGUGGGGCAGUUUAGUAUUAAGAUGCAUAUAUCACUUAGUAAAAUAAUGGAAGCUUAUUGUGAACAACAAGAUUUGUCAAUGAGGCAGAUCAGAUUCCAAUCUGAUGGACAGCCAAUCAAUGAAACAGAUACACCUGCACAACUGGAUAUGGAGGAUGAAGAUACAAUAAUGGGUUCCAGAAUCUGAUAGGAGGUGUCUACUAAAAAGGGAACCUGCUACUUUACUCCAGAACUCUGUUCCUCCAGACCAAGAGACAUUCUCAGAAAACCACAGUUUGGUUCCACCAUAUCCUGACUACUAUAGUAUAAUUUUCUCUAUUUCUUCAUUUUUCCUUUCCCCAUUCCUUUAUUGUAUAUAAAGUAACUGUGUAUAUGCACAAGCAUUUUGCAUUGUUUUAAACUAAAUGGCCAAUGGUAUGUUGUGACCAGCAUCAAAUGGAGAUGGGAUGGGCAAAAAUACUGGUUCCAUAAAAAUACCCCCAUCCUCCAUUACUGGCAUGCUCAUUCAUCUCUAUAUUCCAGUAAGUUAUUUUGCUCUCACUGUUUAACAAACAACAACAAAAAAAACCAUAAAAAUCCUUGCAUACUUGUUUGAUUGAAGAAUUUUAAUGUUUUUCAUUUAUCAUUGUGAAACCAAGAACAGUUUUAUAACUUUCUUGUAUAUAGCUGUUACAUGUAGGGCAAUCUGUCUUUAAAUAGGGAUAAAUUACACUAAAAGAAAUGAAUUGUAGCUAGUUUUCCUUUCAAAUCAAGUGUCUUUUUGUUUAAGUAAACUUCUUGUAAAAAAAAAAACUUAAAACCAGCAAAAGGAGGGAAAUAAUAAAGAUUACAGCAGAAAUAAAUGAGAUAGAAACAAAACAACACAACAGAUCAAUGAAACCAAGAGCUGGUUCUCUGAAUAGAUCAACAAAACUGAUAAACCAUUACCCAGACUGAUCUACAAAAGAGAGAGACAGAAAGGACUUAAAUAAGUAAAAUCAGAAAUUAUGGAGAAGAAAUAACCAACACCACAA